AUGACUUUGGACGUGCUGCACUUCAUCGACAACAAGGGCGGAAACGCCGCAGAAAUCCGCGAGUCACAGAAGAAGCGCGGCCUUUCGGUUGAGCUCGUGGACGAGAUCAUCCAGAUGUACGCGGACUGGGUCAAACUCGACUUCGACGCCAACAAUCUUGCGAAGCAGUCGAAUACAGUACAGAAAGAGGUCACUGCGAAGAAAAAGGCCAAAGAAAAUGCGGACGAGUUAGUCGCGAAGAAGAAGGAUCUUGACGCUCAGGUCGCGGCUAAGCGUGCUGAGGCGAAAGAGUUGGAAGCGACCAUGAGGCAGAGGGCUUCCACGGUGGGGAACAUCGUUGGAAAGGACGUGCCGGUCAGCUUGACGGAGGACGACAACGCAACACUUCGGAAAUGGCAUCCAGAGCAGAAGGAAGUCGAAAAGCGGACAGACAUUAUGCCCCACCACGAAGUGCUCCUCCGUUUGGACGCGAUGGACCUCGAGCGAGGAUCCAAGAUCACUGGCCACCGCGGUUACUUCCUCACCAACGACGGCGUCGACCUCAACCAGGCGCUCAUCUCGUAUGGCCUUGACUUCCUACGCAAACGUGGGUACAAGAAGAUCCAGCCGCCGUUCAUGAUGAACAAGGACGUGAUGGCCAAGACCGCGCAGCUGGACCAAUUCGACGAAGAACUGUACAAGGUCAUCGCAGCGGACGACGAGAAGUAUCUGAUCGCGACCUCGGAGCAACCGAUCUCCGCCUACCAUUCGGACGAAUGGUUCGAGUCGCCGGAAACGCAACUUCCUAUUCAGUAUGUGGGCUACUCGACGUGCUUCCGCAAGGAGGCGGGCUCCGCCGGACGCGACAUGUGGGGCAUCUUCCGCGUGCACCAGUUCGAGAAGGUCGAGCAGUUCUGCAUCACCGAGCCCGAGAAGAGCUGGGAGAUGUUCGAGACGAUGAUCGCCAACUCGGAAGCGUUCUACCAGAGCCUCGGGAUCCCCUACCGGGUCGUCGCUAUCGUCUCCGGCGCGCUCAACCUGGCGGCGUCCCAAAAGUUCGACCUCGAGGCGUGGUUCCCGUUCCAGGGUGCAUACAAGGAACUUGUGUCGUGUUCGAACUGCACGGAUUACCAGAGCCGAAGGCUUGAGGUCCGUUGUGGGUUGAAGACCAAGGAUCAGGCUCGCAAACUCUACGUCCAUAUGCUGAACGGCACGCUCUGUGCAACUGAGCGUGCACUGUGCUGCCUGGUUGAGAACUAUCAAACACCAGAGGGCCUCCGAAUCCCUGAAGUGCUUCAACCUUACAUGCAAGGCCGAGACUUCUUGCCGUGGGUCAAGGAGCUGCCCAAGAACCUGCAGCGCAAGCAGGCAUAG